AGAACUGUGUAAUCAAUUAUGCUAGUCAAAAUGUUUUUGGGGCUAGUUGAAAGGACGUCUGGGUUAGUAAAUACUAGCUUCAGCUUGCCCGAAUGGUAAGCUGUAAAAAUGGUUUUCUUUGCACCCCUAAGGGGUGUCAUCGUACUUAAAUCCUUGCUAAGACCACUGUCAAUUCAAUUCAAUUCAAUUCAAUUCUUUAUUCACACUAUACAAGAUAUUUACAUAAGUGUACAUAGUAGGAAAAUAAAGUAGCUACAAACAAAAAUUAACUAAAAGAUAUUAAGUUCAUUUGUGUAUGGUGUCCAAAGUAGCAAGAGCUUUCUUGUUGGACACCGUCAUAUUGAAAUAAUUGGCAGCAGUAAAGAGUGGAAUAAAAUCUCAAAUAAUAUCAGUGAUAGAACAUAUACUCAGGUCAGAUUUGGUUGGUUAGAAGACAGGACUUCCAUUCUUUUUUAAACUUAGUGCGCAGCUGUCCAAUUUUUCGUUGUUGUGUUUUAUCUUUACUUGUUUGAUGCUGUCGUUUAAAAAAGUUAAUUUCAAUCGUGCCUUGUACAUUAACUCUGUGUUCCCAGACCAAGCGAACUCCUAUACACUGUUAUGAACGUUACCAAAGAAGUUUGAACAAGAAUCUUCUGAAGAGGUAAAGCUAUAAAACGCGUCUCUGGUAUCUACUUCUUCAAUGUUUUACCCUUGACGUCCGUGCUUGUUUUGAUUUUUUUAACUAAACAUUUUCCCCUUGAUUUAACCGAUUAAGCCCCCAAGAUCCACAUACAAAUUCUCCAGACUGAUCUCCACGCAUUUUUUUUAAGAACAGUUGAGAGAAUUUGGUUUAAGAUCAAAGCAUUCUCCCUGUGAAAAUCAAUUUAGUAAUUCUCAUAACCUUUACUCUUGAUGAUCUACUGAAGUUGUUGGGAGAAAAUUGAUGUUGGUCACUCUUGGGACCUAAAGGGUUAAACUAAAAAUUCUCAAAACCUGACAAUGAAGUUUCUUCGGUCAGUGACUCACGACAACUUGGAGCGAAAAUUCGAGUUUAUUGUAUCUUAAUGCUUGUGGAGUAUUGACGGAUCUGCACGCCAAAUUGGAGAUAGGGUUGGGACAUUAAUAACUAAAAUUGUUAUGAGUUUGAGCAGGCGAGGGAAUCGUAAGGCGUUGGCUGGGAUACGUGAAUUUCACAAAUUUUAUUUUAUACUUUGUAAUCAGGAGCCCAUUACCCGGAGCGAACAAUUUUUAUGUGCUCGUGUCACGGCGUUUUCACUGGCCAGUUUAUUUUUAGAACGAUUUUAGCGCGAAUUAAGAAUAUCUUUCAGGUCCCACAAACCAGUCAUCAAACCUAAAACCCCCAAAGUGGCAUUUUUGACCUUUUCUUCACGUUUGGUUUUCCUUUGUCACUUCUUAUAUUUAUAAUGCGCUCAUGAACGGAGGAAAGCUUUCAUUUUCGUGGUAAAAAGUACUGUAAAAUGCAUCUAAAAACAGGGUGUGCAAACGAAUGCAACAUGUAACAUCCAACAAUGUUGGGAGUUGUUGGCCAACAAUGUUGCGUCCAUUUACACGGGGCUUUACGCUAGUGCUCCAUGGACUUUAUUGGUUUUCUUUUGUCAUGUAUUUAGCAAGUGGACUCCAGAGGAUGACAAACUGCUUCUUGAUGUGGUGCGUGUUGUUGGAGUGGGGAACUGGGCAAGAGGUAUGUUCAUCAAAAUUUAUCAUAGUUUUUAGUGACAACAAGAUGUCCUAAAAAGAUCGUUUAAUGCAAUCUGGCCUAACUAUGAACCUUAAUCAUUGUUGCCUGUCGCACAUGGCAGGAGCUGGUUCUAAUAUUUGAUGAGCUAGGUCAGGUAAUUUUGGUCAAUUUCGGCGGAACUUGUGAACUGGUCACAGUACGGACUGAAAAAAAAGAAAAUUUGAAAGCUUACAACCUUAGAAGAAUGACGUUUUGAGUCGUCAUAGCCAAUUUACCGCCGCCUGGUUAGCUCCGUUGCGAGAGCGCCGGUCUGGGGGAGCGAGAGGUCGCGGGUUCGAACCCUGCCCGGACCUAGCCUCCUCUGCAGGUAAUUCCGGUGAGGAGUCUGAGGACGAGAACGGUGGGGAAAAAAGGUCAUAGAGUUGCCUGCCAAAAAUCGAGGAGUUUGGACCGCUUCCUUUAACGUGCUUCAAUAAAGCUUCCUUCAACGUCCUUCAGUAAAGCUUCCUUAUACUUCUUUUUAGCCAAAAACAUUAGCACUGUUAUGAUAAAACCUCUAACACUUUAUAACUUGUUUCCGCUACCACGACAUUCUCGCUAAAACUCGUAGUAGAAUGACGACGUUUUCCCGCCAAAAUGACGCUGGUUCACGCGCGAGUAUUGAAAAAAAUUUAGUACUCGUAGUCGUAGUCAUCUUAGAAUUUAAAGGUCUCCAUUAUUGAGAUCCUGAAAUAUUGCUACCAUGGUAACGUGACGUCACACUUCUCCUCUCUACCGUCUUGGCCGGAAGCGUCUAGACUAUGAACAAGUGUUCAUAUUUUAAUCUUGCAGUGGCUAGCUUCUUAGAAGGUCGUCAAGGAGAUCAGUGUAUGCACCGUUAUACUCAGACAUUACAGAUGGUAAGGAAAGGCAAGUGGACAGAGGAGGAAGAUGAGGUAAUCUCGGCUAAAAGGAAAGCCCUCAAAUGCAUUUUAGUUUUUAAAUGUCUAACUGAAUUAGUUCCGCCAUAUUUAUCGGAUUAUUUUAUUAUAAAUCGCAUCAUUCACACUUACAAGACAAGACAAAGGAACGGCAUUCAUCUACCGAACUCAAAGUUAACACUAGGAAAAAACACGUUUAGAUGUUCAGGUGCGGUUCUUUUUCAUAAUUAACCUGCAUCACCAAAAGAAGCUACAUCGCUUUUCAUUUAAAAGACCCUUCUUAGACUUGAUUUUAGCCAUCAGUUUUUCUUAUUAAUAUACUUUAUGUAACUUGCGGUAGCUCCCUAAUUUGUCUUAAUCUUAAACAAAUUGUGAUUCUUAUGAAGAUAUGUAAUUUCCCCUUUAGUCACUUUAGAAAUCCUUGUACAUAAUUUUGACAUAAUUUCCAUUUUUUAUCAUGUAGCCAUAAUUAACGCAGGGCCCCUUUUGAUGCCAGCCAGUGGCUAAUAGGGCUACCCUGCCUAACUAAAGUUGACUUGACUUGACUUUAUGUAGAAGUAGUCUUCGUGGGAGAACCGCAUUGCUUACUGAACAAAAUAAAACUGUUUAUCCAAAGCGUUUUCCCUUUGGUGAUCAUUUUAUUAAUCCUAAUAACCUUAUCUCUUGAUCGUGUAUCAGCGUGAUGGAUAUUGUUUGGAGAAAAUUGGUGUUGAUCACUCUUAGUUAAAGGGUUAACGUAUUAGGGCUGUGCGAUCUUGACUUAUUGUUUCGUUCCUCUCCUUUUGUUUUGCUUUCCACUCGAUAGCCAAAUGAAUUAAAUGUGUUUUCUUUGCUUCCAGCUUCUUAGAAAAGCAAUUGAGAAGUACGGAACAAGUUGGAACAAGCUGUCCGAGAUGGUUCCUGGCCGGUCAGGACCACAGUGUAGAGAAAGGUUUGUAUUCCGUUCACGGCCGUCAAACUGACGACUGAGAUCAGGCUCUAUUUCCGUUUCGACCACAAAAGAGAGAAUGUAUGAGAACUCUUAAAAUUGGGCCUGAUCUCAGGUUCUCAAACUUUUUAAAAAUAAUUCAUAAAGAAAAUACAAAGGAAAUUAAAGUUUAAUGAGUGUUUGGAAAUCAGGUGAAAAACUGCUCAUUUUUGCAUCCUUAAUUUCUACUUCUAAAAUCAUUUUGUUCGAGCAGUAAUAUCAAGCAUUCGACACAGUGUUUCAUCAUCAGAUGAAAACACCUCGAAGUUCGUCCAAAAUACUCUGCUGCGCGUCGUAUUUUCAACUAUCUUCUCAUUGUUUCAUCGGUGAUAAAACACUGCGUCUCAUCCUUGAUGUAUUACUUAUAUUUUAGCCGUUUCUUGUUACUGGAGCUUUACUUGGCCUUUAAACCUCUGCAUGUCAUUUGUCAAAACACAAGGGUGUAACGGAGACGAAUCUGCCUUCACAUUGAUACCUGCGUUCACAAGAGCGGACUUCUAGUGAAAUCCUAAGGGCCGGGUGAAACACCGUACACUCCUUUUUUUUAUAAGACCGUCCGUUUUCGAGUUGAGCCUGGACAGUUCUUAUUUUCUGGGCAGUUUCAGCCUGGAAAUGUGCUUACAGAUGUUCUUAAAUUUGAUAACGGAAAUGUGAUAACUUUUAAGCUGAACAAAGACAAGAUAAGAAAGAGAUUGAAAGCGUUUUCACACUAAUGAAUUGUACCAGUACAAUGUAAAUGUAUUAUUGACCAUACACUAUACGGAUGUGUUGAAAGAACAAAAUUUUACGUGCACUCUGAUUUCAUGUAGCACAUUAUGUAAUUCAGAUUUUCUGGAUUUACGAAAGUAAAAGCGGUGAAAAAUAAAUUGUUCUUCUCUGAGCCUCGGGUAUGUUCUUAGCAUGUUCUUAAUAUUUUGGUAAAUUUCAGGCUGAACGUUGUUAUAAAAAAUGUUCUUAUAAAUUAGAGGCUACUUCACGUGAGCUGAACUCGACUGAAUCUUUCUUGCAAAGCCUCUUAGCAAAAGACCCGUUUUACAAUUCAUAGUUUGGCUAGAUCAAAUUCGGCUGUUUGACCAAGCAGCCGAAGUAGGUGGACAAAAACUGUCAGUUAAGUUCGGCUCAUGUUAAGUACGGCGUUUUCCUCGGGCUCUACUCUUUAGAAAGGGAGGGAAGGGUGCGCUUUUUACUCUUUUGGCCAAAGCACAAAGGGGUUCGCUGUAAUUCGGAGAAGGGCGCUUAGGGACGGUGGCGCUCAUUCGAGGAUGUGUGUUAUCUUAUUUUCUUUUCCAACUGUGUCAUUAUUUUUGUAGGUGGGUGAAUGCCUUGGAUCCUAAAAUAGACAAAGGAGCGUGGACCAAAAUACAGGAUCAAAAGUUGCUUGAGAAUGUGGAGAAAUUUGGUCAAGGUAAGCAGCAAGUUGUCUUUUAUGACCGUUAGAUCCAGUUGGAGCUCUCUGCUAUAGUCACUGCAGGGGUUUUAUUUUCCAUUUAAUCCCUUAUCCUCAGGUUUAUAUUUUCUCGAUGCUACUAGCCUUUGCCACAGACAGAACUAGACUUCUGUUUAAGUCUGUGACGCAUGCUAGAUGCUACUUCUUAUUCAUUUUUGGCAGGAAACUGGUCCAAGAUUGCACGAGCCAUUGGGAACCGUACUGAUAAUCAAUGUUGGCGCCGAUGGAUCGUGCUACGCAAAGAUGACGUUAGUUGAACUCUCUUACUUUCUGUAGUGACCAAAGGAAAAAUGUGGUUUUUAUAAUUUGUUAUUGAAAAACACAACGCGCUAUGCAUGGGUACUACUGGAGAAGUUGAAUGAUUACACUACAAUACUUAUUCUACAGAUUGAAAAGUUAGAUUGUAUAUAAGUCUUACUGUCUAACACCUGGAGUAAAAGAAAGCAGUGGCAGGUUCAGAUCUGUAAGUAAGUGUUUAUAGGUGGGAGGGGGUAGAACGCUUAUCCAGCCCUUAAGAUCUUGGCCCUGCCUACCUCAGUUUGGCCUAUAAAUGAAGAGGGGCUCGGCCUUCUCGAGACCCUCCCAUACAUCCGCCACUGGAGAGAACCUGUUCAGAUAGAGAGUGUACGUAUUAUAAUAGGCUUCAGAGCGGGAGAUGGAGAGUGGAAAAGAGCAAUUUUUUUUCUUGCCCUCGCCCUUUAAGUGGGAAAAUGAUGUUGAUAUAAAACUCCCGUCGAUGGCUUUAUAGUUCAGUCGUGAUCCACUUUCCAUGUUACUUGAGUCUCUACACAUUUUCCUCAAAGGGCUCUUUUCACAAGAAAACCCCGUUUUGGGCAUAUCCGGCGAGAAAGCUCUCUCUGUGUUAGACGUUUUUUCGCCAUGUAUGCAACUCAAGAGUUUUACUCUUUUUCCUUAAUUCUUCCAGUUUUUGUACUACCGUCAAAAUACAUUGCGGAAGAAGAGGGAGCUGGUGGCUAACUUUACUGGACGAAGACAAGAAAGACCAUCGUUAAGACCAGAAGUAAGUCGCGCUAACAUAUACAAUUAAUCGACAAGGAAGCCUGUUUAAUAAAAUAAUUAAUGGUAAUUGAAUUCAUUGGAGUGCAAUUUGGUCUGAAAUCAUUCGCAGGAUUUUGAAAUCUACGACCGCAGAGCGCGAGUUUGAUUUAAAAUCACAAGUAUGAUUUCAGACAGAAAUUACACGACAUGAAAUUCAGUUACUUGUACCACUUAAUUACAGCCAUGUUGAAAUCGCAAAAUUUAGUCGGAACCAUAUUUUAUUGAUCCAGUAGCCAGUUUGUUCAAACUUGGAAUUGGGAACGCUUUUACAUCUCAUUUUUUAAUGCAAAACAAAAUGAUGCGGUUUAGAACAGAUGUGAUUUAGAACAAAAAAUAGUGUAAUUGAAGCUCUGUAAUGAGGGGCACACGGAUGUUUCUCUUCUGCCCUCUCUAACCGUAACUCUUCAGUGUUAUACCGUAAAAUUCCGAAAAUAAGUCCCUCCUUGUAUAAGCCCCUCCAAAUAUAAGCCCCCCAAAAUCGUAACGCAAAAAACCCUCCUUUAAAUCGCCCCUCCGAAUAUAAGCCGCCCCGGGGGGCUUGUACUUGGAAUUUGCCCUCGAAUACAAAGUAAAACAAAGCAAAAAUGGUAAAUUUCCUUCCCACUACAAGCUAGCCCAAUCGAUUUUGAAACACCAAAUUUUCCUCCGUACAUAAGCCCCUCCGAAUAUAAGCCCCUCCAAAAAUAAGCUCCUCAAAAAGGGCCUUUGAAAAAUAUAAGCCCCGGGGCUUAUUCUAUAAGCCUUUCUUUUCCCUUGGUUGUUUUGAAGUGUCGUCUCGUAAACAAGAACUAAACACAAAUGUGGCUAAGUUUUCAUAUGGUGUCUUCUCUCGUUAGGAUUUGGAUAUCCCAGAUGUGCCAGUUGUGGUAAGUUCUAUGAUUACCUCCCUUACUUGUAGGUGGUGUGAUAAUGCACAGGAAUCUGCUGUCUGCCUGUAGACAGCUUUUCUCUUGUCUUCACGCGGGACUAUCUGCAGUUUACCUGGUCAAACAACUGGCGUAUCUUGGCUUGCCACGUUUGCCCCAUUCCAAAACGAACUAGUGCACGGUUAGUCUUUAUCUCCAAAUAAGGUUCUUAUUGAGUUGUUGUACAGUAAAUCCCCGCAAGUAAGAACCUAGAUUUAAAGAACCAGGCAGGCUAACAUUUGCCAGUCAGGCCUCUGUAUACAAGAACCUGUUUAGCCUAAAAGUUGAAACAGGUUCUUAUUUUCUAAAAUCUACACUGAAACAAAUUCUGUACACUUGGGCAAAUAAGAUAAGUCAACAUUCAGGGUCCUCUUUGUAGACAUAGGUGCCUUAUCACACCAAGUGUAAUGUAAUGGUAUUCAGGUUUUACAUAAGGAAUGAGCUGAAUACCACUAAGUACUCUAAGCCACAAUGUAUUUUAUCUUCAGAAAAUAUGAACCUAUUUAAGAACCUAAAUUUGUGCUAAUUACCAUUUAUGUAAGAACCUGUUUAGGCUAACUUAGGGAAAUACAGGUUCUUACUCACGGGUGUUUUUACUGUAACUGUGUGUAGAAGAAGGCAAGAGGACGUAUCCCGCUUCCACCAGAAGAGUCUCGAGAAAGGCGAAGAUUAACAAGGCAGAGGUUUAGAGAGAAGAAACGGGCAGAGAAAAUACGAGCUGAAGAGGAAGCCAAAGCAAAGAUGGUACAAGAAGCAGAGCAAACAGAGGCGGCAAAUGAGGACGAACAAGAGGAGUCAGAAGAUAUGAGGGAUGACAAUGAAGAGGUCAAGGAAGUAGCAAAGAAGCCUCGAAACAGGAAAGCGGUGAGUAUAGAUGAAAGAGUAAAUACAACUACUUAAUUGUCCUCUUCCUCGAGAUGGGCUUUUUCUGGAAUAAUGGCAAGCGCUAUGAAACUAAACAAAUUAAAAUUCCAGCCAGCAGGAAGCACGAAGAUAGUUUGCUAAUGAAAAGCAUUUAUAAUGCCCGCCCUAAUUUACCGUCUCAUGUAUGGCGCACUUUUUACAGCUUGCAGGUCUAGCGCAUCCUUAAUGAGCCUUUUCCGGCUUUCAGAUGGUGAACACGGCAGACAGAGUAAAAAAAAGGUAGAAAACGGCAUGCGAAAGGAAGAGAGGGCGUUUUCUCUCCCUCUUCCCUCUGUCACGUUUUCUUUCACGCUCCUUGCUUGCCACUGAUUUCCCAUUGCUCUCGACUAUAUUAAGGCCUUGAAGAGCCUACUCCUUCGUACGCCUUCGAGUUUUAUAACCGUUUGUUGCUUUCUGCUCUGUGUUUUAAUUAGGGAGUAAACAGGGCUAGAAUCCAGCAACCCCAUUCCCGUGAACUGAUGAAAAACAGCCCAACCAAACGUGAACUGAUGAAAAACAGCCCAACCAAACGGAGGAAUAUUGGCGAAAUGAAAAGGAAGAAUCAAAAAGGUGCUUCUGCCGAGGAUAAGACGAGUGCAGUGUCGGGCUUUUUAGGGCCUUUCUCGCUGCUUCUGCAGGUAAGACGUUUGAAUAGAUAAACGCAAAAAGAGCCAGGUUGUUGAUUUUUUUCAUGUUCUUUAUUUAUUUAGCCUUACUACGGUGAUAUUUGACCAAGAUAGCCUCUUAAUAAUCAUCUUGGUUGACCUCGAAAAUAUUAAUUGGAUUAUAUUGUCGUGUUUGUGCUAACCUAUUCAUCGGAAACCCAGCAUUUUUAUUGGGCUGCCUUCGGCAGAGCCAAUCGAAAAUUACCAUUUCCUGUGCAACAAAAAGACAAUAGAAAACGGAUAAACUACGUUUCCCGACUCACCUUCCCUGCGUGGAGGAUCGAGGAAAAGAAAUUUUCCUCAACACCAAACGGUAAAUUACUCUUAAGUUUUUAAGUUUAUUGAUUACAGCUGGGAAACUGAGCGAAUUGAAUCCCAUUUAGGAUCCUUAUACAAGCAACGUGAAACUUACGAGUCCUUCAUCGUGGCGUCCAGCGUUGUGCAAAUACUCUUGCCGUAUCAAAGAUUUGCCAUCUCAACAAAUAAAUGAAUAGUAGUUUGGAAGAACAUGCAUAUAUUUGUGGCAGAUCUCCUCAAGUGCAACUUUUGCAACCAUUUGAUUAUUGCUCCAUUCAUGCUCGUCCUCUGGUAUCCAGGGCACAUCCCCCGGGCGUUUGUUAUAAUAGGGUCCUCUAUCGUCUCCCUAAAAAUAAUGUUCUUCAAAGAUCUUCAGGGGCGGUGGUUACGUUUUCGCUUGCUAAUGUUCUUUAGGGGCGGCAAUAUUCGAACAGACUGUGAAGGCAUUUCAAAUCUCUACGUUCUUUAACUACGAAUUUUAAAAUGGAGGACAAUUUUAGCCUGCCACGCAGACGUUCUUUUGGCUCGUCACGCAAAGGGGAAGGGACGCGUGACGAAGCCCUAAGAGCGUCUGCGGGCUGCGCCGGUAACAUUGGAAUGCUUUUGGUGCAGCAUGACAAAUUGUCACGCAAACCAGUAGACCAAUGUACCCCUAUUAUGGGUCUCUUGUCCUGACGUUUUAUCCCCCCAUAACAACACCCCCCAAAAAGAAUCCUCACAGGCUCCAGAAAGGUACCAUUCAACUCUCUCCUAAAAAAAAUUAUGGCUGAUAAUUUUAGGUGCAGUUUGCGUUUUAAGAUAAAAGCCAUGUUGUCGAAUAGCCUACCUUUCCAAUUACGACGUGCAUCAUCCUGAACGGCUUUAAAGCCAACAUGCUGGCCACAGCCUUUGAAUUAGUUUGACACACGUCAUCGUUGAAAAGCCACUUUUAUUCCUAUUUUAAUUUUAUUUGUGUUAUGGACAUAUUUCUUUAAAUUAGGCGAUAGGUAUGGCAGGUUACCUACCCACCUGCCAACCUACAUAACUACCUACCGACCAAUCUACCAAUCUACCUACCUACACUAACUGGGAGAUCAGUAAGUAAGUGAGUAUAGGUAGGUAGGUAGGUAGUAAGUUUGGUAUAUAGGUAGGUAGGUGCAUAGGUAAGUAGGUAGGUAGGUAGGUAGGUAGGUGGGUAGGUAGGUAGGUAGGUAGGUAGAUUGGUAGGUACCUACCUACCUACCAAUCUACCUACCCACCUACCUACCAAUCUACCUACCUACCUACUUACCUAUGUACCUACCUACCUAUAUACCAAACUAACUACCUACCUGCCUAUACUUACUUACUUACUUACUUACUUACUUACCUACCUACCUACCUACCUACCUACCUACCUACCUACCUACCUACCUACCUACCUACCUACCUGACUGACUGACUGACUGACUGACUGACUGACUGACUGACUGACUGACUGACUGACUGACUGACUGACUGACUGACUGACUGACUGACUGACUGACUGACUGACUGACUGACUGACUGACUGACUGAUCUCCCAGCUAGUGCACGUAAAAUGCCAUUGAACGGUCACAACAUCCUUUUCAUCUAUGGUAAUAGGCUCCUGUACUCAUUCUGUUGGUUAUAAAUCUUGAAAUAGGCCAAAUUCGAUAUAGUAAACGUUUUAUGGGCUCGGAGGCUUGACAGAAACCAAAAAAUGCAUUAUUUAUCCCUGGACCUGAACGCCGUGAUUUCUUUUGUUCUAUUCCCCCCACACCUCGGAGCCAAGUAUGAAUUUGAAUAUAUCGCGAUUGGUCACUUUGACUUCCAGCACAAGAGUAAACUUGAGUGUGGAAAUAGGGUUGUGACACCGCCCCCCCCCCUGAUUCGCCUUCUUGCUGCCCGUUAUUUGAGAUUGUUGUGCAUUCUUAUUCUUGAGGCAAUGCUACAAGCACUUCAGACCAGUCAUCGCUUGUUUCCUUCUUCCGCGCAUGAUCAUGUGUUCAGAGGAAGGUAAUGAACAUGGUCCUUUUGUUUUUAUCCCCAGGCCUUCAGCAUCGACAUCCCUACGGUUCUUAAAGCCAUUCAGAACACUUCGACCAACCCUGCCUCGUCGCACACAAACGUCACUACAACCGCUGAACCCUCGGUAUCACUUGAAAACACUGCCGCUGUAGAUGAACAGAAGGAACAAGCGGGUGAUGCUACAAGAAAGCAGCAGAGCCAAGCUAGCCAUGCUCCUGGUAAGUCCCAGUUGCCCUCAAGUAACAUCUCUCAGUCAAAUAUGCACCGAGAAGCUAGUGAUGGCAUGUUAGAAAAUCAGACCAGAGGAGAUCAGGGAAGACAAAGAAACCUCCAGAACGCAGAAUCAGACUUGCAGUUGCCAAAAGAGAAAAGUAAUAUGUGCGAUCAUCAGGGGAAUAAAAACCCGAAUAAAGGGAAUACUCCUAUCGGCCUGCAAAGCGCGAGAAAGGACAAUGGAACUACAGCAGCGGAGCCAAUGAGGGCUACUCCGUCUGCAACAAGCCAGGCUCCCCGCACGCGGGCACCAGCAAUUCCUCCUCUUCCACCCUCCUUUACAACUCUGAGAACGUUCAAAGCCCUUCUUCAACUCCGCCCUGAGUUGCAGAGAAUAGCUGCCUUGUUAAAUCCCUCCCCUGAGUGCGGCACAGCAAGAUCACAAGCACACCAACCGCCGUUAGCAUCGGCCUGUCAAGCAGUCCCUUCUGGUAGCCAUGGUAACAAAGAGUCCGGUGCACUACGCGUUAUACGUGACGUAGAGUCAGAGAAAGACAAGCAAACCAUGAGCAAAUCAGGUGAUAGUGAAACCACGUCAAGUGAGCAUGGCGUGGUUACUGUUGCACGUGCAGUUGGCGCAAAGCCCAGCAAUAAUGUGAAGGAAAGUACAGGUCUCUGUGUUUCUGUUGGAAAUAUUACAACUGAUGACACUUCAAAAACUGGACUCACCCAGUUAAAUAAACAGGUUCCUGAAAUAGCGCCUAGUGAUAGAACACUCAUACAGCCGGCAAGUGCUUUACAGACACCAUCAAACGAAGCGGGGCAUGCCUCGUUCAGGGCCGAUAAACAAACAAACGCCUCAAUAAAUACAAGUUUACCACCUCACGGUGGGUCAAGUAUUGUCGAAAACAACAACCAAGGCCCAACGGCAGUUACAAGGUCUCGUGCAUACCGUAAUUCGUACGAGUACAAAUUGUUAUCCUCACGAUUCAGUAGUUUGUUCCUCUGGCCAGCCCUUCUUUCUAAAAUUCCAGUCAGGUUUACCUCGCAAUUUGGACCAAGCUUUGCUCAACAACAUCCCCCGCCUAAAUUAAGUAUUUAUCCCAAACCUCCUGAAGAAACUCGACCGAAGAAAAGAAAGAGUGGAAAGACAAUUCAAGUUCCUCAUCCAAAACGCAGGCAUCCUGGUUUAGCAGCAGUGAGGAUGGCUUCGACGGCGUCUUUUACGACCCCAGCACAGCAGCUUUGUACAUUGGCAAAGGGAUCAGCAAUUAGAAAGGAGAGCAACCCUGCGGAAACGGCGGGCACGGCAGCUCCGCCAGAGGAGGACGCGGCGUCUACUGACACGAAUGAAGUAGUUUUCGCUGCGUCUCAGCUGGUGUCCUUACACAGUGCAACAAAGUCGCGGGCAGCGUCCCGCGAUCAGGGCAAGAGAUCUUACAACACACGUUUACCAGUGAAACGAAGAAGGGUUAUUGAAAGUUCGUCUUCUUCAUCAGAUGAUGAGACUUUUGUGAUCGAUGAACGACAGUGGAGAAGUCAAAACGAAGACAAUCGACCUGCCAGAGUAACCCGUCAAACAACCCGAAGACUCGCAAUGGUACCAGAAGAAAGAGUCGGCACAGUGACAAGUGCCCAGGGAACGUCUUCCUCCCCAAUACAGCAGGUUGGUAGUAACUCUAAUGUAAAUGCAGUUAUCUCAAUACCUUCUGAUUCCACCGAUGAAGCGCCGCCCAAGUCACCGGUACUGGUCGUCAGAACUAGAGGACAAGACGACGCCCCUGAGCAGGUGUCCCGAGUAACUGCCAAUCAGAACGCGACGCCGUCAAAAAGAAGCAGGAACAAUAGCGAGGCCUGCAGCCCCUCGACAUCGAGCUCCUCAAGGCGGAAAAAUCCGCGACCCCUGAUCGUCAGUACUGGAGAACAAGAGGACGCUCCUGAGGAGGAGUCCAGAGCAACGGCCAAUCAGAACGCGACGCCGUCGAAAAGAAGCAGGAACAAUAGCGAGGCCUGCAACCCCUCGCCAUCGAGCUCCUCAAGGCGGAAAAAUCCGCGACCCCUGAUCGUCAGUACUGAAGAACAAGAGGACGCUCCUGAGGAGGAGUCCAGAGCAACGGCCAAUCAGAACGCGACGCCGUCGAAAAGAAGCAGGAACAAUAGCGAGGCCUGCAACCCCUCGCCAUCGAGCUCCUCAAGGCGGAAAAAUCCGCGACCCCUGAUCGUCAGUACUGAAGAACAAGAGGACGCUCCUGAGGAGGAGUCCAGAGCAACGGCCAAUCAGAACGCGACGCCGUCGAAAAGAAGCAGGAACAAUAGCGAG